GGGAAAAUAAAAAGAAAAUAAAGUCCUUUACUUUGUUCCAUUGAAGAAAGUGACUACUACUAUAUUAUGGAAAUAAACUCAACCCAUUUAUAAAAUAUAUAAAUUAUUGGAGAUAAGUGUACGAACAACUGUAGGUAGAAAUAAUGCCCAUAAUGAACCCUAGAAAGAUCCUUACUGUUGCAAAAAUUACGAGAGAAGGCAAGUACGUACUGAAAUCAAAGCUUGGGGAGAAUUCUCUGGCCACCGUUUGGAGAGCAGAGCACAGACUAACGGGAGAAGAGGUGGUGGUGAAGCAAGUUUAUCGAUCCAAGCUCAACAAACACCUAAUCAGCUGCUUGGAAUGUGAACUCAAUUUCCUGUCCUCUGUCAAUCAUCCGAACAUCAUUCGCCUUCUUGACGUCUUCCAGGAUGAAAGUUGUAUAUUUCUGGUCAUGGAGUUUUGUUCUGGGGGAACAUUGGCCUCUUAUAUUCAGCUCCAUGGAAGAGUUAAAGAGCAGAUAGCCAGAAGAUUCAUCCAGCAACUUGGAGCUGGUUUGGAAAUUUUACACGCUCAUAAUAUUAUCCAUAGGGACUUAAAACCAGAGAACAUACUACUGUCUGGAUCUGAAGGUAAUACGGUGCUCAAGAUAGCUGAUUUUGGGCUCUCAAGAACUUUGUCUCCAGGGAAGCAUGCUGAAAAGGUUUGCGGGUCUCCACUGUACAUGGCUCCAGAAGUUCUUCAGUUUGAAAGAUAUGAUGAUAAAGUUGAUAUGUGGAGUGUUGGUGCUAUUCUCUUUGAAUUGCUUAAUGGAUACCCUCCCUUUCAAGGUAGGAACAAUGUUCAGUUGCUGCAGAACAUUAAGUCUUGUACUUGUCUUCCCUUCUCCCAGCUAAUCGUUCCACAGUUGAACCCAGACUGUGUUGAUAUAUGUUCAAGACUUCUUUCAGUAAAUCCAGUGCACCGCCUCUCUUUUGAUGAAUUCUAUCAGCACAAGUUUCUCCAAAGAACUGGGGAAAUAAGGGUCCCUUUUGAUAUUGGGCUUUGAAUUACGCAUGAUUUUUUGCUGCAAGGUCAAUAUUUUCAUUAGCUUCUUCGGUGUAUCAGAUUUACUGGGUUAACACAUAGCACUAUAUGUUCGUGGUUAUUUCAGAUACCUUCUAUGAUUGACCUGUUCUGCAAGCUUCUGGCUUUUGUCACAGCUUUUGGAUUUUGGACUUUUUCUUGUUUUUCUUCAUGACAUAUGCUCCACGUUGUAUGCUCUUAAUGAUGGAAGUCUGUGUCACAACUUGCGGAUUGCACUGUCCAGGGAGAUGCCAAAACUGAACUGGAGUCUUCCCUCAUGAUUCUUGGAAAUUCUGUAAAUGCCAAAAUUGUAUAGUGAAUUGGUCAGGAAACAACUGCAGUUUUUGUAACUUGUAAGUUAUAAUGAAUCCUAUGUAGUAGAUUGUAUAAUAUCAUGUUUAUAUAGAAAUAGACAUAUUUUUCAA